CCUAAUUAAGUCGACGAAUGCUUGCUUCGUAUACAAUUAGGGAUCUAGUUGUGCUAGUGUUUCUAGGUAGAUUACAUGGCAUUGGUCGAGCUUGUUGAGUUCUCUUUCCUUGGCCCUCUUAUUGGGGCACAAUGUCACCUGACCUACACGAAACCACUUGGAUGUUCGUCCGCAGCUGCCCUGCAUUGUGGCUCAGCAGAUUCAACGACGUUACAACCUAUUUUUGGCUUACUCAGGCCCAAUCACCCAAGGAGUUCAUUGCAUAGCUCAUCCGCAUUUGCUCAGUAGUAUCAUUUCCUCUCUGGUGCUACCUUGUCUGUUCGGGGGCAGUGCAGUGCAGGCGUGCGGGGUUGGUGCCCGAGGCCCAAACUUGAAGACUCGAUAUCCCAUCACCCACCGCUUCCAUCAAGCAACGGCUCUUGCUCCUGCCCGCACAUGCUCUCUGAGACUCAUACACCCUCACAGACGUGAAAAUGGACGGGUUCUCGACAGCAUCGGUCACGUCAAGUUGUGAAGCCAUCUCGCGUCGGGCUCUCUCCACGGUCGUGGAGAUCGAGGCCGUCGCGAAGCAUGUUCCUGCCGAGGACCCACGACUUCGCCAACUGCUCUUCCUGUCGACCAAACUGCGGCAGUUUGGCCAGCACACUGACCAGCUCCAGCACUGUCUCUCCGCCACUCCGGUCAUCUCGGAGACUCUCCAAGGCGUCAUCGUGUGCUCGCUGAAGGAAUGCGAAGUUGCUUUGGCGGUGGUGGGAAAGCAGGUGAACAGGGUAGGGCCACUGGACGUGCCGCGGCUUGAUCUGGGUGCGAUCGUGAAGUUCCAGCACUUGUUAAUAUCGUAUUCGCGGCUGUUCAUCUUCGUGAUGCAACUACUCUCCCUGGUCGAUGUUGCUUCGCAAGAUUCGAAGCUGAAUAGCGCUGCCGGACAGCAGCUCGUUGACGAUGCAAAGGCGUCAUCGGCCGCGACUAUCAUGAGCGGCGUCGAUCUCCUCGGUACCGUCGGUAACUCCACAGCCGGCGAGGGCUCCAAUUCCGGCUUCACCGAGGGUACGUCUCCAUCUGUCGCUGUUGAGGCCAGUCCUCCGCCCUCUGACGAGCCCCCUGCGGCUCCGGAAAGGUCGAGAAAGUCGGGCUUUGCAAAGGGUCUGUCGUCGCUAACAACCACGCUCAAGGCCAUGACAUCGAGCAUGCGACCGCGGCCUGAGCCCUUCGUCUCGCCGCUCUGCCAGGCCGCCGCGAGGGGGAACGUCCCGCAGGUCAGGGGUCUCCUCGGCCAGGGCGCCAACAUUAACGGGCGGAACGAGGACGGGAACACGGCCCUGAUCUGUGCCAUCACCUCUGGCCAGUCCGAAACAGCUACCUUACUCGUUGAAUCCGGAGCCGACGCCACCAUCCGGGACUGGUCUAGGAAACGUCGGCCGCCGCUAUUCCACGCGCUGGAGGCCGGAGAACUCCGGAUAGCCGAGCUCCUCCUCCGGCGCGGAGCCAAGACCGACGAGAGGAACCUAGUCGGCCAACCUUUCUUCGUCGACCUCGCACUCACGGGGCCCCUCGAUUCCGUCCGCCUCUGCCUCCAACACGGCGCCGACGCCAACGCCAGGGAUCUGACCGGCCGCACCAUCAUCUGCCAAGCCGCGAGCCGCGGCAACGUCCCACUCGCCCGCCUCCUCCUCGACCACGGCGCCAACCCCAACGACCGCGACGUGGUCGGCAACACCCUCCUCCUAGCCACCAUGCGCAACGCCCGCCUCCCCGAGCCGGACCGCGCCGCCCUGAUCCGCCUCCUCCUGGAGCGCGGCGCCCGCGCCGACGAGCCCGACACGUGGGGCGUGACGGCGCUCGCGCACGCCGCCGCCGCGGACAACCUCGACCUCCUGACGCUGCUCCUCGACGGCGGCGCGGACCCCGACCGCGCCGUCCACGGCGACUCGCUGCUCGUCAACGCCAUCGACCGCCGCCGCUGGGACCAGGUGUGGGCGCUCGUCGAGCACGGGCGCGCCGACCCGUCCAGAGCCGAUGCGCGCGGUCGGACGCCGCUCGCCGCCGCUGUGCAGAGCCAGAACCCGGAUGUCGUGCAGCUGCUGGUGCAGCGGGGGGCUGCGCCGGGCCCGGCGGGUUAGGAUCACGCUGUCGGGGGCGGGGCUGAGGCGGCGCAGGGCGGCAGACUGGCGGACGGGUGGGGUUUUGCUCGGAUGCUGAAUGCGCUGUUGCGUUGGGCUUGGAGGAUGAGGACUGGGCAUGGGUUGAGGUUGGUGGGUAGGGCCGAGGCGGAGAGGGUGGGCGAGGGAGCCGAGCGACGUUGAGAAUGGGCAUGGGCAGCGUGGGGAGGAAGUGACUGUCCAUGGAGGACGGCAUCGCU